CACACACACACUCACACACACACACAGCGUAGGAAAGAUGGCAGAGGCACGGCGAGCAUCUCAACCCAUCAACUUUGUCCAUCAGGAUGAAAUCUGGAAAGCCCAUGUGAACGCAGAAAAGGACCUAGCAGAGGUGUGGCCUAACAAGUGGGGUUUCCUCAGUGACGUCUACAAGGAGUAUGAAAGGGACAGCCUAAACCUGAAGAAAGUAGCCACAAUGGAACUUACCAAACGACCUUUGACUCCCCCAGAAAAAGUAGGCCCCUCCCCUCCAGUGCCUAAGACUAGUCAGGCUGUGAUUGGUUGGCGCUCCGCUCAUUCUCACCUGCAUCUGGAAAGGUUCAGCAUGUUGCAUCAUGGGAGACGCAGUUUCCUCAAGGAGCUGGGCUGGCCUCACCAGGCUUGACCCAAUGUUUGAUUGCUGUUAGUUUUUUUGUUUGCAAAGUCAAAAUAUAUACUGUUCACAUUGCUUCACUUCUUUGAACAAUUGAAAAACGUUUUUUAAAAAAGUUAAAGUUUUUAAUAA